AAGGUGACACGAAGGAUACGUAACUAGGUAAAUAUGGAAUUACAAGUACAUCUUGAGGGACCUCGUUUCGGUGAUAAGCAUGGACGAUACGGGUUUUCGGUCUUUUGAGUCGUCGCGGAGUGAUAAUUAUGGGAGUUUUGAGUUUUCGGAGCUCUUGGAGUUUGAUGAGUGGGCUGAGGCUGAUCCGGGGGUGAUGGUUUCGGGGUACCCGGUUGAUCCGGUUUACGCGGCGGCGAAUGACGGAAGAAGUAUUGUCGGUGGAAGUAGCAACGUAGAAGCAUCUAAUGCCAGAGGUAAUAUUGGGAGCAGAGCGGCGAGGAAAGAAAAGGUGGCGUUCAGAACGAUGACGGAGAUUGAAAUUCUGGAUGAUGGUUUCAAAUGGAGGAAGUAUGGGAAGAAGAUGGUGAAAAACAGCCCAAUGCCAAGGAACUACUACAGGUGUUCGAUUGAAGGAUGUGCAGUGAAGAAGAGGGUUGAAAGAGACAGAGAAGAUCCGAGAUAUGUGAUAACAACAUACGAGGGUCAACAUAACCACCAAGCUAACAUGCUUUGAUAACUUCUGUAAGAGCUGCAUUCGGCUAUCAGUUCAUGUGCCUGUUUGUCUAAGCUUAUAAUUAGUAGCUAUUAGUUUUUGUUUGGCUAAACUAGCUUAUAAGUAGCUAUCGGUUUCAGUUUGGCUUAAUUUAUAAGUAGUUAUCGGUUUUUUCCAAACAGACUGUGCUGCUCAUACUAUAUAGUAUCUAAUAGGAAGUUCUUCAUCAAUUUUCUCCGUAUA